AUGUCCGAUUCCAACGCAAUUAUCGCAAGAUUUCUAGAGUGGCAAAGUUCUCAAGCUUCACCUACCCCUACCCUUACCUCUACCCCUGCCCCUACGCCUAUUCGUACGCCUGCGCAGGUCAAUACUCAGGCCCUUCAGCUGACAGGGUAUGAAGCUGCUACAAGGUCUUACGGGGCUGGGUCCCAGGCGAGAAACCAGCAAAUUGGUCGAGCUCCGGCGCCAGCGCCUACCCCACCACAAAUCAAGUUGGUAACAUAUGUCUAUCUUUGGGAGCGUGGUGGACCAAUUACGCAAAUUAGAGAGGGUUUGCGUUCCUGA